GUUUAAAGUCGGCAAUAGUCGGCGGGUUGACCGCUGAAGCCGGAUCUUUCACUGCUGUUUAUCCGGGAAGGAUUUCGUAACUGAGUUUCAAGUUUUCUCAUUGUUCCUUGGUGUUGGCCUGAACGCAUCUCUCACCAGGCAGAGCAGAGCAGAGUGACUCUGGACUGAUUCCUCUCGUUGACUGCAGCUGCUGAUCUGAGUUAGAUUACUAACUGGUGUUUUUAUAAUAACUGAUAUAUGAGGUUCUGGAUUGAACAGCUCAGCAAUCUGACCACAGGAUACAGCAUUUUAGCCAAGUAUGAAAACCAGAUCAACGUGCUCUCUGAAUUCCUAGAAGACAUACCAGACACUGACGAGCCAGUGUGGAUCUUAGGAGCGUAUUAUAAUGUUAAAACAGAAAAAUCAGAGCUGCUUUUGGAUGUGCGUUCACGACUUUGGUUCACCUACAGAAAAAAGUUCUCCCCUAUAGGUGGAACAGGCCCUUCAUCAGACACAGGCUGGGGCUGCAUGCUGCGAUGUGGGCAGAUGAUACUAGCACAAGCUCUGGUCUGCAGGCACCUGGGACGAGACUGGCGGCGGGUAGCAGAUGGAACUCAACCAGUGGAGUAUCAGCGCAUCCUACACUGCUUUCUGGACAGAAAAGAUAGCUGUUAUUCAAUUCACCAGAUGGCCCAGAUGGGGGUGGGUGAGGGAAAGUCUUUUGGAGAAUGGUACGGUCCAAACACAGUGGCCCAAGUUCUCAAGAAGCUGGCUCUGUUUGAUGACUGGAACUCGUUAGCUGUGUACGUGUCAAUGGAUAACACAGUAGUGAUAGAAGACAUCAAGAAGCAAUGUCGUCCGGCUAAUCAGGAUUCAAAGCUCAGGGCCCAAGAUGAGUCUUCAGCUGGGCAACGGCAGGUUCCGUUUCCCUUCUCUCACUCCACUAGCCGCUCCCAGCAGCCCCUGGACUGGAGGCCUCUGCUGCUGCUUAUUCCACUCCGUAUGGGCAUCAACAACAUCAACCCCAUCUACAUCCAGGCCCUUAAAGAGUGUUUUAAGAUGCCUCAAUCAUGUGGAGUGCUGGGUGGAAAACCCAACCUGGCUUAUUACUUCAUUGGAUUUAUAGAUGAUGAACUGAUUUACCUGGACCCUCACACCACGCAGUCAGCGGUGGAUUCAGAGAUGGGAACUGCUGUGGACGAUCAGAGUUACCACUGUCAGAGGAACCCUCGGCGCAUGAAGAUCACCAGCCUGGACCCGUCUGUAGCACUGGGCUUCUUCUGCAAGAGUGAGGAGGACUUUGACAGCUGGUGUAAUCUGGUUCAGCAGGAGAUCCUGAAGAAGCGGAAUCUGCGGAUGUUUGAGCUGGUGGAGAAGCAUCCCUCUCACUGGCCGCCAUUCGUUCCGCCGACUAAACCAGAAGUGCAGACCACAGGAGCAGAGUUCAUCGAGUCCACAGACAAGCUGUUCGAGUCGGAGGAGGAGUUCGAGAUCCUGAAUGUGUGAGCGCCGCCCCCCUCCCUCCUCAGCUCCUGCAAUCAAUGAAAGAUCCGGAUUGGGGCGGAGCCUCAGGCUUCUACUGAUCCGUUGCUGCACAAGUGCCUCAGAUCAACACCAAGCAAAACACAGCUAUGUACGCAAAAAAACACCUCAGCAUCCAGUAAUAAUAGAACAGGACCUGAAGACCAGGGAGAAACCUCCUGGCCAGCUAAUCCACGUGGACGGACUGUCAGUAUUUACAGAUUUCAGGAGCUUGCUCUGUCUCACUUUGGAGCACAGGUUUAAAACAAACAAACAAAAAAGCCAAGGAUCACUGUAGCCACUGUAUUUCUGAUUUUUAUUUGUAUUGUUCAUUUAUAGGAAGGUCUGAGAGUCUUUACAGAUUCUUUACAGACUUAUUGUUCUUUUUUUUUUUUAAUAUAACUGUCGAGAGCUCAUUCAGAGGACUCUGAGGUUGCAUGAAAAUGUACUGUACUGUAUCACACGUCUCCCACUGCAAAAAACGCAAACCUGGACCUGGAGGAAGACAGACAUGUGCACACACACACACACACACACGCACUACCUCCUGAAGCCAGGAGACAGCAGAUAUGCAGAUGUACAAUACAAUACUUUUAUACAGUGUUACAUGAGGAAAAAUAUGACAACCAUACCUGUGGAAAGUGCCUCUCUAUCUCUCUUUCUAUCUGUUUCUCUUCUUGUCAUAUUUAUGUUAUGGUUUGUGGAAUGGUUAAGGUAAUUGUUGUUUUUUUCCUCAUUUACCAGAAAGGUUAACCAAACCCCCCUCAACCUAUUAAAAAAAAUAUUGCACAUUCAUGUAAAUAUGCCUGAAAAUAUUAAAGAUAUUUAAUCACAA